CCCAGCUUGCCUUGGCACCAGGCUCUCAUUUAAUCACGAUAUCAACACAAAGUUUACGGAGAAUUGCAACUGAAAAGUUGUUAGGUGAAGACACAUAUACAGAACAAUGUUACUGGAAAUUGGCACAAUAACAAUCGGGAAUAUAACCCGAGCAAGAAAGUUUGGAGAAAGAAUGAAUGGCUCCGAUUGUCUGAAUCUCAACUCAGAAUUAUGGUUGUAUCGAGAAGAUUUGUCAUCAAGGUGGUACAUAAUGUUAGUGUUUGCAUUUCUCUACCUGAUAAUCAUUGCCGCCGGAAUAAUUGGAAACUCAUGUGUGAUUUUGGCAAUCACAAGGAACAAAUCACUUCAAACUGUUCCGAAUCUGUUUAUUCUUUCUUUAUCAUGUUCUGAUAUUGUGGUAUGCUGCACAUCUGCAACAAUCACUCCGAUUACUGCAUUCAAGAAAGAAUGGAUCUUUGGAGAGGCUUUAUGCCGAAUUGCACCAUUCAUUGCUGGUAUCAGCCUUUGUUUCUCAACUUUCACAUUGACUGCAAUCUCCAUCGACAGAUACAUCCUGAUUCGAUUUCCGAUGAGGAAACCUAUUACGCAUUAUCAAGCGGUUGGAGUGAUUGCUAUUAUUUGCGCUUUUGCUGCAACCAUCACAUCCCCAAUAAUGUUCAAGCAAAAGCUGGGAGAGUUUGAGAAUUUUUGUGGGCAGUACUGCACGGAAAACUGGGGAGCCAAUGAAAGCCAGAGAAAAAUUUAUGGUGCAGCUCUGAUGUUUCUUCAGCUCGUCAUUCCGCUUACCAUCAUCAUCAUAUCCUACACUGCGAUUUCUUUGAAGAUCGGACAAAGCAUGAUUCUCAAAGGGGCGAAAAAGCAAAAAACAGACAAUUGGGAAAUGGAAUUAAGUGAUCAACAAAGAAUCGCUGUGAAGAGAAGACAAAGAACUAAUAGAAUGCUUAUUGGUAUGGUAGUCGCAUUCGCUUGCAGCUGGAUUUGGUCAGUGACGUUCAACAUUCUGAGGGACUAUGAAUAUUUGCCAGAGCUCAUCAAAACUCAAGAAUAUAUCUUUGGAAUUGCUACACAUUGCAUUGCAAUGACCUCAACGGUAUGGAACCCGUUACUCUACGCAGUGCUCAACCUCCAACUGCGUGCAGCAUUCAUUGACCUGAUGCCUCACUGGCUUCGUCGUCAUUUAAACCUGGAAGGAGACAACAGCUCUCCAUUGCUCAACCAUCCGACGAUGACAAUUACAAACAAGUACGGAUCAACUGCAACAAAGACCGUCAAAGCAACAUACAUUAAUACCAGCAAUGGACAACCAUACGUGUCAACAAGUUUAGUGGGUAAAGUGCAACCAGAAGCACCUAGUUUUAAAUUUAACGGAUCCGGCCGCAAAAAGUCGGCAAUGAUGCGAAUUCUAGUGCAAAAAAGAAAUGCAGAAGAAGAAGAGCAACUAAUCACAAAAGAAUCACCGUCACCACCAGAAAUCCAAAUGGAUACUCUAUGUGCGGCAUCCAUAAUCCCUCGAAGGAAGAGUGCCCAGCCAAGGUCCACAAAUGAAAAAGUUGUGCUACCAAGGAAGGCUUCUUUCUAAAUUAUGGCCCUAGUCCCGCUGUUUCGGUUACUGCCGGUUGAUCAUCUUCUUCUGUGAACAAAAAUGAAUUUAAACGUGUAUUUUAUUUCGAACUUUUCAAUUUUUACCCAACUUUUUGAAACAGCAGUUCCAGUUUUCUUCUAGCGAGUUUGUACAGCAUCAAGCACACAGUUCCCAGAUAUCGAUCAAUAAUUUAUAGAAAUUAUCACGUUGACUCCAUACGCUCCAUAUUUUAUUAUUCUACAUUCCUUGAAUUUUUUAAUUGUUUUCAAGUCCAACUUACCACAAACAGAUUAACACCUUGCAACUGGUUUUAUGUAUUUAUUACCGAUGACUGCUAACAAAUUUUCUAAAUUUUUGUUUUUUGACCUCUCACAUUUCAUCCCUUAUUUUUGUAUGGGAACGUUUGCCGUUUCAGGCAAUUGCUUUUCGUGUUCCAAUGUUUGUCUGCUUAUGUAUUUACAAAUAAAAUCUGUACUUUGAAAU